GUGAGGCAAGUAGAGGGCGCGCUGGUAAAACAGGAAGUGAAACGCACAAUGUUCGUUCAAAGUAAGGAAACUUGACAGCACCCUGAGAUUUUCCUUUACUUGGGAAGCGAACGUAAUGUAACCAUGGACCAUGGAAAGAGUACGUGUCCAAAGGGAUUCUCUGAUAGCACGAUUCACGUGGAUGUGAAGGAUUAUUAUGGCAAGAGGCUGAAGAAAACCUCAGACCUAAAGACCAAUGCCUGUGUGGCUCCAGUCCAGCCCACCCCUGACUUCAUUCGCCAGGCACUGAAGAAAGUACACCCUGAAAUCACUGCUAGGUACUAUGGCUGUGGUUUGGUUGUGCCAGAAUGCUUAGAGGGCUGCAGGAUACUAGACUUGGGCAGCGGAAGUGGGAGGGACUGCUAUAUGUUGAGUCAGCUUGUGGGUGAGAAGGGACAUGUCACUGGUAUUGACAUGACUGAUGGCCAGCUGGAGUUGGCCAGGACCUAUGUGGACCAUCAUAUGAAAGAGUUUGGUUACAAGAAGCCAAAUAUAAAUUUUGUCCAAGGCUACAUCGAAGCCUUGACCGAGGCAGGUCUGGAAAAUGACUCGUUUGAUGUAAUUAUCUCCAACUGUGUGGUGAAUCUUUCUCCAGACAAGAGGCUGGUACUGACUGAAGCUUACAAAGUACUUAAGGAUGGUGGUGAGCUGUACUUCAGUGACAUUUACAGCAAUGGAAGACUAACAGAGGAAAUUAAAAAUCACAAAGUGUUAUGGGGUGAGUGCCUUGCUGGAGCACUCUGCUGGAAGGAUCUCCUGCAAUUGGCUGAAAAAGUGGGCUUCAGCCCCCCACGGCUGGUUACGGCCAGUGUCAUCACUGUUGACAACAAGGAACUGCAGGACAUUCUUGGUGACUUCAAGUUUGUUUCUGCCACAUACCGCUUGUUUAAGGUCCCCAAGGGGAACACCAAGAACUGCAAAGUCAUAUAUAAUGGGGGCAUUACAGGGGCAGAGGAUAGUUUCCAGUUUGACUGUCAGUACACCUUCAUGGCCAAUGAAGUUGUGGAGGUGGAUGGAGAGGUGGCCAACAUACUGACACAUUCCAGAUUUGCAGAGGACUUUACUUUCCAGCCACUGGGGGGCCCCACUGGGCCCUGUGGAGUCAAACCUAAGGCUGGCAUUGAGGACCCUUUUGAGCUGGCCCUGAAGUUGGGUGUGCAAGGCCCUGCAUCAGCCACUGGGGGAUGCUGCAGCACACAGUCUGCUGGCUGCAGCACACAGUCUGCUGGCUGCUGCAAAUGAUGGUGGGAAGAGCACAAAGAAACAGGCUCAGCUUCCUGCCUACCAAUAAUGUCUACAUGUUUGGUGAACUUCCAUGAGUAUUAAUUAAUUCAUUUUAAUUAAACAUAAUCAUGUUCCUCAUAUAUGACCUCACAACUUCAUUACAUCGAUAAACAAUAAACACCUUGUGGGUAGAUCAUGAUUUAAUAGAUACUGGUUGCUCAAACAACUUCACCCACCCAGUGUAUAAUGGAGACAUCUCAGCUGGUCAAGUUUUAGUUUCACUUUGGAACACCCUGCAUUGCAAUUACACAAAGCCACCAUUUGCUUCACAUACUGAAUGACUAUGUGAAGGACUACAAGUGUAUGGCCUGCAGAGAAAUGAGUUCUGCUGAUGACUUUAAAAUGUUUUAUUGUGUAAUCAAAGUGUUUGUAUUUGAAGUUGCUUCAAGUGCAUAUGAGCCAAUUUAAGGAGCCAGCAUAUGAUUUAGGACCUUAAGGAAAAGAAAUCUCACAUCAAAUAAUUUUAGUUUGUCCUAUCAGAGUGAGGUGGUUGUUAAAUUGUACCAACUAUUUUUUAAAUUAAGGUUAGGGUGGUUUAUUUUGCUAUAAUGUCAAAGAAAAUAGUUAAAAUUGAAGAGAUCUGCUCCCUGCUUCUAGUUUUCAGCGGUACUAUCCAUUGGUUUUGACUGAACUGUUGUUGAAUCAAGGGUGAUUAGAAGCCACAUAACAUUUUUGAAGUCUGACACUGGUCCACAGGCCACAUGUUGAGUACCUAGGCUAUAAAUUAUCUUGCGCAAACAAGAUAACAAUAUCACUUUGAGGGAUUUAAGGGUUCUGCAAGUGCUCCCAGUUAAUAUUUUAUGAAAGGAUUAAAUAUGGUAACAAUUCAUUAACAUAAUUAUAUUGUAUAGAUAAAAGGAAAACUUUAGUAAGGUAAAAUAAAAAUGCAACAAAUUUAAAACCUUUUAACAACCAUGAGCAGUAUUAAGAAGAGCAACUUCUUCAUUUGUGCCUCAUUUUGUCAUAUGCCUGCUUAGUCUAAUUAUUUUUUUACCCAUAAAACUGACAUUGUUUAUUCACACAAUACUUUUUACUUCCCUUAAAACCUGUGUUUUAGUAAAUCGGUGCUUAAUUGUUUUGCAGACUGGCUUUAAGAUAUGCUUCAACAAAAGUGUACAAAUUACUUCUCAUUAUUGUGAUGGUUAUGUGUUAUUUCUGA